AAUAAUAAUAAUAUUAUUAAUUCUUGAAUAACUUUUGAAAAUCUGCUCCGAAACUUAUUUGUUUUUCAAUUCCAUAAAUUAUGAUUGUUCAUGAGUGGAAGAGCUGUGAGUUUUUCGACCUUGUGUUAUUAUCCAGUUGUUGUAAAGUUAACGUACAAUCAGAAAUAGUUGCACAUUGCGCGAAUGGAAAUGUCUAUAUUUUCUGUGAGGUGUUGGGUUUCAUUCAUGUUUACUUCAGAAACUCUUGGACCAUUAGUUUUCGUUACCAAUGCUCUGAGCUUCGAUUCUGCGCUCUCACAACUAAUAACGAACUCUUGGUUUUAGUAGCUGAGGAACAAUCAUCUAAAAAAAUUCGUGUGGAAGUGUUAAACCUAGCAAAGCUUAGUAAGCGUGAAGGCGCUCCAUGUGUGGCUUCAGCAGUUCUAAAUCAGUAUGGACGUGUAACAACAAUCCGCACAUGCUUAUUAAAAGAUUAUUUAUGCAUUUCUAUUGGAUUGGAUAAUGGAAAUUUAUUAAUUCAUCGUUCGGUUAUGAGUAAGGAUAUGUCAUCUAAUUUUUUUUGUAUUUCAACUGGUAAAUGCAGCAUCAUCGGUAUAGAAUUUCAAUAUAGGAAAGAUUCCCUAUAUUUAUUUGUAUGUUCGGAAGAAAGAGUUGGUUUGUAUAAUAUAUUGGAUAAUAAUAUUAGUGCCGAACAAAAUUUGGAAUAUAUUUCGACUAUAAGUUCUAGUUCAAUUCUAUAUAAUUCAGAAAAUUCAUUUUUCUUGGUCGGCAGAGAGGAUGCCCUUUAUUGUUUUACCAUAGAUGGAAGAGGUCCUUGUUACGCCAUUGGUGGGAAAAAAAAAUAUAUUACUUGUCUAAAUAAUAAUAUUGUCAUAUUAAUUGAAUCUGAAGACAGUAGCCGUAGUUAUAUAAUAAUAAUAGAUACAUAUAACAAGGCUAUUGUUUUUCAAAAGGAAAUUCCAAACUUAAACAAAGAUAUAUUGGUAUCCAAUGACAUAUCCUGUUACAUUUUGAUGCGUAAUGCGAUUUACAUUACUAAGGAACGAAGUCUUCUUAACAAAAUAUUAACGUUAAUGAAUAAUAAUUUUUUUGAUCUUGCUUUAAGCCUUUGUGAGAAAAAAAAAGCUUUUGUUGGUUGUAUUUUGUUGACUUCUGGAGAUUACCUACUGUCUAAAGGUGACUCGAUAACUGCUACGUCGAAAUAUAAGGAAACGAUAGGCAUAAUAGAUCCCUACUUCAUCAUAAAGAGACUUUUAAAUGCAGAAUACAGUUAUCACUUAUCGUAUUACAUAAAUUAUUUUGUAAAUGUUAAUAAUACUUCAAAUACUCAAAUGGAACUUAUGAAAAGUUGUAAUAUAAGAAAUAACUUGUGUUUUAACUCUAGUACAGAUGUCGUCUCCUAUGAAAGUGAAUUUUCUAAAAACUGUUUUAGCGGUACAACAAUUUGUACAUUGUCGGAAUCCUAUGAGGAUGAAUUGUAUUAUGCGAUAACAAACCAGCCUAUGAUAAUUUCGAAACAUUGGAAAAAUAUUUUUGCUUUGCUUAAGGUGUCAAAAAAUCCUAUACGUUAUAUAUCACCUUUAAUUAAUACACAAGCAAAUUGUAUUGAAUAUUUGGAAUACUUAAUAUCUGUCCAUAAUAAAUUGGUUGUAUUUGACGUUCUCCUAGAAUUACAUUUGCUUGAAUGGUACUGUGAAAGAAAAAAUAUUUCACCUAUAUUAAAUUUUUUAAACAAAAAUUCUGGAGCAUAUUCGGAACAAAUUUUAAUACACUUUGUAAAUUAUUCGUUCUGGCCAGGAGUUGUUUACUUGUGUGAAAAUUUUAAAAUGUUACAAAUGUAUUUUAGAUAUUGCAUUAAGUAUAAUGAUUUAGAUAAUGCCAAUGUAAAGAAAAUAAGUAUUAUGAGUAAAAAUAUUAGUUUGCAGGCAAUAGAUAUAAUGAAAUGUAGUUCGCAAAUCGCAAAAGUUCAUUUAGACCGUAUAAUAACAAAUAUGCUUGAUGAAAAUAAGCAAAAUAUACUGGCACUAGUUCAAGCAAUAUCGGUUGCAAAAAUUUUUAAUGUAAUUCACCUAAAGCAACUAUUUUGCAAAAGGCAAUCAGACUACAAAACAAAAUCAUGUAUCGGUGUUAAAGUUAUGGUUAAUUCUCUGCGCACUUUUAUUGCUUCCUUAUCUAGUUUUAGAUUGUGUCCAAUUGAAUUUAGAAACAGUGUGUGCGCUAUUUGUAAAUGUAAGCUAAGUCUACCUUCUAUUUAUUUUUUAUGUCAACACGCUUGCCAUUUAGAAUGUGUUGACCACAGUUCAAGCGAUAAAUUUUGUCCUAAGUGUUUAGAUCCAAAAAAGUCAAUCAAUGAAUAUAAAAUCGAAAUAGAACAAAUUAAAUGGACUAUGCCUUAUACAAUGACAACAGUUUCUUUUUUAUUUUCAAAAAAAUGUUUAAACACUUCUAGCUAAUAAUUUUAUACAUUAUAUGUUUUUUUUAAUAAUUAAAGAAUAUAUAUAAUUUGUUACUGUGAUUAUUUUAGAGUAAUAUGCAAUAAUUUGUGAGUGCCGUGCGUUAAACUUAGGACAUAAAGUGAUGCAAAAAACUAAUUAAGUACAAAAAGAAA